AAAUCAUUCAUUACACAUAUGUGUGUGUGUAUGUAAGUGUUAGCAGACUCAAUUCGAAUUCAAAUUGUAGUACGUAAAGAAUUUAUUUCUGGCUCAAACAUUCUUGUGCAAAAAAAACAAAAAUUAAAUAUGGCAAACGACGGUGAGAAACAUUUGCAGGCUGCCUAUGAACAGCUGAUCGAAGAUAGCGUCAAGGCGCAGUUCGAGAAGAACGGGACUAUAGGCAAAAUGCAGAGUGAGUUGCAUGUGAAAGUGCUGCAAAUGCUGAAAGGACAAUUGGCUCUGAAUCCCAAUGUGACUCUGUGUGGAGCAAGUGGCCAAGGGAGUAAUGAAGGCUUAGUAGGUGUUCUGAAUCAAUUAAUAAUCGAAUAUUUCAAUUGGUAUGGCUACAAGCAUACCAUGGAGACUUUUAAGAUGGAAUCGGGUGUUUCAUUGGCCACACGUUCAGAUCUGGAAGCCCACUUUAGCAAUACACAUGACGUAAAGCAAUUGCCCAUUUUAUUGCAAAUUCUUAUGCGAGAACAGGAAAGAGAUAAGAAAACUCUGAAGAUCAAACAAUUGCCAUCGAUGAAGCCAACGCAGGCAAACCAAGAGCAAAUUCUAACACAAACGAAGAAUUCUUCUACCACUCUAACAAAAGUCAUACGAAACAUGCCUGGAAAACCUUUGCCAAAAACCUCAGUAGUUAAACAAUUGAAGCCUCUGCCCGUGUCUGGCUCAAAAGUGUUGCAAUUAAAGAAACCUUCGAACAAAGAGAAUCAAAAAUACUCAUCAGAUCUGGACUCUGAGGCUACAGACUAUAAGUCCUCCACCGAUGAUGACCUCUUCUCCGAUAUACCCGAUAGGCACUACUAUCGUGAAGAGGAACCCCCUGAGAGAAAAUAUCCCUUGGGCUUUGGCGAAGAAGGACCUUAUAGAAGCAAACAAAAGGAAGCCGAGCGACUCUAUCAGAAGUAUCAGAAACAAACAACACCACCACUGAAAUCUAAAACUUUAUCCGAUAAGAGAUCAAAAACCACACGCCUAACGAAAACUACCAACGCUCCGGGUCGUGAAGCUUUGGAAUUUCAACUUAGUAAGGCUAUGAAUGCCAAGGCCAAGAGCUCAAGUCAGACUACAUCGAAUAGUGGCAAAUGCCUAUGGUCUAAACAACGCACUCCUCCCUCAGAGAUUGAGCCUAAUUUGGCGGUGAUGAAACCAAAAUGUCCCGAUACCUUAAUCAGCAAAAUUCAAUUGGAUAGCGAUGAGGAUAAUGAUGCAUAGCAAGCUGGUUGAAAUUGAAGUUAACUGAUUCUGAGAUUGGGAAUAAUGGCAAAAAAAUGAAAAGCCUUUUACCUGUUUUUGCCAGAUUUCGUUAAGAAAUUGUUGUGUCUGUAAAUUAAUAAAAUGUUUUAUAAUAAAACUUUACUAAACCAAA